UUAAAAUAUGUUGGAUUUAAAUAUGACGAAAUAUUUGUAAAUAUUUGUUUUGCGAGGAAAUUUUUAUUAGGACAAGAAAAUAUGAUCUUCAAAGACUAUAUGGAUCUGGUGUUAUUGGAAAAGAUAAAAAGUGAGAGCACAGAACCAUUAUUGAUACCGAAAUUAGUUAACGAUGACAAAUCAUUAAUACAAGAUAUCCAUAUUAGAACGUAUAUACAGUUAUUUUAUAAGGAAAAUGUUAUCGCCCCUGGAAUCCAAGUAGAGACUGAACUAUUGACUCCAAAAGGAUAUUGUAUAAAAUUAAAAAAAAGAAAAUUGUCGAUUCCUGAUGAACAACGAAAACCGAAAAAGCCGAAGGGUAUAAAUAUUGGGUCCAAAACGAUAUCUCCCGAAGGAGAAUCACAACGUCCGCUUGAUACAAUUGCCGCAAUGUACACUAACAACAGAGCAUGUGAACGUAAGACAACUAUUUUAAUAUAA